GCAGCAUUCAUCCACACCUGCGAUUCCCCACCACCACCACCAACCAACCAUCCUUCCAUAUCCCCACCUCAUUCCACUUUAUAUCUCCUCGCAGACACCGCUCACAUCCAACGAACGACCCACACAUCUGCAGCAUCCAUCCAUUGAUCGAUCGAUCCGCGUUCCUCCCCUUUCACACACAAAAAGGAAGCAAGAGCAACCAAUCAUGUCUGGGCUUUACCCCACGCUCGAGGAUAUGACUGUUGACAAGGAGGCGCGUGCUGCCAUUGCGCUGACCGCCGCGUCACAACAGCAGCAGCAGCCGUACCAGCAGCCGCCCUCGUAUGCGUCCUCAUCGUCGGCGCCGUCCAUGGCGUCGUCGUACUCGUCAGCCAUGUCUGGGCCUUACGGCGCCCCGCCUCCGCCACAGGCGACAACCACCACGACCACCGUGGCCACAACCUACCAGAGCCCCUACGCCAGCCUGAUGGAGGACCUUGGCGUGGACUACCUCGGCAUCGACACAUCGCCCCAGGCCAUCAUGUCGCAGAUGCCGGCCGAGGUGCAGCACCAGAUGCAGCACGACUACCAGAUGCAGGUGGCCACCAUGCCGCCUCCGGAGCAGCGCGCCGUCAUGCCGCGUCAGGACCUCCCCGGCUCGCACGCCAUUGCGGCGCUCACCCCACAGACAGACCGCGGCCUUGUCGCCGGCACCAUCCGCCAGGGCGUGCGGGAGAUUGUGCUGGCCAAGAGCCAGGAGGGCAAGCUUGGCAUUGCGGUGAAGGCCAUUGACAAGGGCGUCUUUGUCUCGUUUGUCUGGUCCAACAGCGCCGCCGCCAUGGCCGGCCUCCGCUUUGGCGACCAAAUCCUCCAGAUCAACGGCCAGAACGUGGCUGGCUUCAGCGACUCCAAGGCGCUGCGUGCGCUGAAGAGUGCGCCGGAGGAGCGGGUUGUGCUCGCCAUCCGCGACCGCCCAUGGUGUCGCUCCCUCACCGUCCGCAAGGACUCGCUCAACCACUGCGGCUUCACCGUGCGUGGCGGGUCUGUCUCCAACAUUGUCAAGGACUCGUCUGCGGCGCGCAACGGUCUCCUCAUCAACCACCGCCUCAUCGAGGUCAACGGCCAGAACGUCGUUGGCAUGACAGACAAGGGCAUUGUGUCUGUGAUCAAGGAGAGCCCGCCGUCGGUGACGCUGACCAUCAUGCCGACCUUCAUCUACAACCACCUCAUCAAGAAGAUUGGCUCGUCCCUCAUCAAGAAGUACAUGGACCACACCAUCCCGGAGAUCUGAGUGCACCCGCCUCACCUCAUCGACCAUCCACCUCCACACACACGACACCACUCAACAAUGACAAAAUACGCCCCCCCCCCACGCACACUCUCGACUGCUCGCCCGCGCCCUUUCUUCUUGAUCAUGCAUGCCUGUCCACUGCUGUGAUUGCUGUUGGUUUACGUUAACACCAACAGCCCACGCGAGCGGCAAUUACAUAUAGCGUUGAUCUGUGCCUGCCCACACUCUUGGUCAUGGAAUUCGUUCAUUUUGUGUCUUCUUCUUGUGGUUCUGCCUUGUUCCUGUGUUUGCUUGUUGUUGUUCCAUUGCGUGCAGUGCUGUUUCCCCCUUCCAUUGUGGUUGUGCUUCAUUCUCUUCAAUGGAUGUUGUGAUUUGACGCCAGCCAUCACGCAAACCCAACGCACGGCCAACCGUUGUAAACGAAAACCAAAACACCAAGACGCACGUUGAGCACCAG